AUGCCAGAGUUCCGCCCGAAUUUAGAAGAGACGCUUAGGCUGAGAGAAGUCCAACGAGACGUUUUCACCAAUACGCAGAGGCUGUACGUGCCGCCAGGCGCUCGUGGUGUGUUUGGGGGAACGUUGGCGUCGCAGUCGCUGUGGGCUGCUAUGAAGACCGUUCCUGAUAAGUUUGUACCACAUUCGCUACACUCUUACUUCAUCAGCGGUGGUGAUGGGAAGAAGGACAUUAUGUACCACGUUGAGAGGUUGAGAGACGGUAAGAGCUUCAUAUCGCGGCAGGUGAAGGCUUAUCAAGACGAUACGCUGGUGUUUAUCGAGACGAUAUCGUUUGCGAGAGUUCGAGACCAGGAGGAGCAGCAGAGGAAGAAGGAGCUGAAACAUUCUGCGCCGAUGCCAAACGUUGAUUUCAACAAGUUUCUAGAUCCGUUGGAAUCGUUCAAGCGUGGUGUUGUGGAUCCAGGAGUGGCUAAGGAGUCCGUAUUGACAAAAGUUGGUGACUAUUUCAACAGGUUCACAAAGGGUCCGCUGGAGUAUAGAUUCCCGCCAGAUUUAUGGGUCACGCUGGAGGAGCAUCCGGAUUUUGAAAAGGCUCCUAAUGAGAUUGACGUUGAUUGGUUCAUCAGACUUCGUAAGCCAGUUGUGGACCCGUUGUUCAAUUACGUCGCAAUGGCAUAUUACUCUGAUUCGUUCCUGUUGUUAACCGUGGGCAAAUUCCACAAGAGGCCAAUGCACAGCACUAAAUUCAGUGUCAGUUUGGACCAUACGAUCUAUUUCCACAAACAACCAACCGUUAAUGACUGGAACAUGUACCAUAUUGAACAUCCACAGUCUGGGGACUCUAGAAAGUUGCUGUAUGCAGCUUUUUAUGAAAAGGACACCAAGGAGUUGGUUGCCAGUGUUGUCCAGGAGGGGCUCGUUGUGAUCGAUGAUGAACUUCUAAAGGCAAAGGCAAAGCUUUGA